CGCUCGGCGAGGAAGUGACGACUGAGCCGUCCCGACAGCAACAAAGUUUGAGCCUGCGGGCCGCGCUCUGCUGCGCCCCGCGGCCCUCCGAGCCACCCCACCCCGGAUCCAGCGCGCAGGAGCAGCGCUCUGCUCAUAGCCAAUCCCGGGAAAUGUUUGAUGGUGGUGGUGGUGGUGAUGAUGACGAUGAUACAAGUGGCAGUAGCCAUCGUAUUUCGUCCACUUGUGCACAGACACACACGGACGCCGGGCACCGAGGACCAUCUGAACGUUCUACCCAAGCCGCUCGGCCUCCUCUGACCCGCUGGCCUCUCCCGGGCUCCUCCCUGCUUUGACUUCACUGUUUUGCUCCAUUUCCCAGCACCUCUUUCCCCAGGGGUCGGCCUGGCUCCUUCUUGACCUGAUGUGAACCCCAUUGACCUGUCCCACGAGGCCUCAGUUUUGAAGGAAGAGGACUUAUUGUCUGCAUUGGCCUGGCGGGCAAAGGAGGCUCCAGGACCCCGCGAGCAGCAUGAGCCGGGAAGAGUAGAGCAGUCCAGAGCCUCUCGGAAGAGGAAGGAAGAGCUCCCCCAACAGCAGCAUCGGCCUCAUGGGCAGUUGGUGAGGUAGCUCUCCCUGCUCCGUUGUCCACACCAUGAACCUCCAGGCCCAGCCCAAGGCUCAGAACAAACGGAAGCGGUGCCUCUUCGGGGACCAGGGAGCGGCUCCCAAGGAGCAGCCGCCCCCGCUGCAGGCUCCACAGCCGGCCCUCCGGGGCAAAGAGGAGCCGCAGUACGGCGCGGGGCUGGGUGCGGGGCUCGAGGGGCCCGCAGCCGCCUCCACCACCUCUCAGCCUGUGGAACUGCCCCCCGCCAGCAGCCUGGCCCUGCUGAACUCCGUGGUGUACGGGCCUGAGCGGACCUCGGCAGCCAUGCUGUCCCAGCAGGUGGGCUCGGUGAAGUGGCCCAACUCCGUGAUGGCUCCCGGCCGGGGCCCAGAGCGCGGCAGCAGCGGCGGCGGCGGCGGCGGCGUCAGUGACAGCGGCUGGCAGCAGCAGCCCGGCCAGCCUCCGCCGCACUCCACGUGGAACCGGCUCUCCCUCUACGGCGGACCCAAGGGGAGCCCUCACCCUGGCGUGGGGGUCCCCGCCUACUAUAACCACCCCGAGGCCCUGAAGCGGGAGAAAGGGGGCGGCCCGCAGCUGGACCGCUAUGGCAACGCCGUGCGGCCCAUGGUGCCGCCCAAGGUGCAGCUGGAGGUGGGGCGGCCCCAGGCGCCGCUGAACUCUUUCCACGCAGCCAAGAAACCCCCGAACCAGACGCUGCCCCUGCAGCCCUUCCAGCUGGCGUUCGGCCACCAGGUGAACCGCCAGGUCUUCCGGCAGGGCCCGCCGCCGCCCAACCCCGCCACCGCCGCCGCCGCCGCCGCCGCCUUCCCCCCGCAGAAGCCGCCGGCGCCGCCGCAGGCAGCUCUGCCACAGAUGCCGCUGUUCGAGAACUUCUACCCGAUGCAGCAGCCGCCCGCGCAGCAGCCCCAGGACUUCGGCCUGCAGGCCGCCGGGCCGCUGGGGCAGCCCCACCUGGCGCACCACAGCAUGGCCCCCUACCCCUUCCCCCCAAAUCCUGACAUGAACCCCGAGCUGCGCAAGGCCCUCCUGCCGGAGUCGGCCUCGCAGCCUGUGCUACCUCAGCCCCAGGUCGCCUUCCCCCGCCGCUCCCGCCGCCUCUCCAAGGAGGGCAUCCUGCCUCCCACCGCCCUGGACGGGGCCGGCACCCAGCCCGGGCAGGAGCCCGCCAGCAACCUGUUCCUCCAUCGCUGGCCCCUGCAGCCGCCGCCCGCCGGCCCCCUGGGGCAGCCCCAUCCCGAGGCUCUGGGGUUCCCCCUGGAGCUGAGGGAGUCACAGCUGCUGUCUGACGGGGAGAGACUGGCACCCAACGGGCGCGAGCGGGAGGCUCCCGUCAUGAGCUCGGAGGAGAGCAUGCGGGCGGUGGGCACAGGGGACUGUGGGCAGGUGCUGCGGGGCGGGGUGAUCCAGAGCACGAGGCGGCGGCGGCGCGCGUCCCAGGAGGCCAAUUUGCUGACCCUGGCCCAGAAGGCGGUGGAGCUGGCCUCGCUGCAGAGUGCAAAGGAUGCCAAUGGCGCGGAGGAAAAGCGGAAAAGUGUGUUGGCCUCAACCACGAAGUGUGGCAUGGAGUUUUCUGAGCCUGCCUUAGCUGUCAAGCGGGCACGAGACGAGAGCGGGAUGGUCCCUCUCAUCAUUCCGGUAUCCGUGCCUGUGCGGACCGUGGACCCCACCGAGGUGGCCCAGGCUGGCGGUGUGGACGAGGACGGGAAGGGUGCUGAGCAGAACCCCGCGGAGCACAAGCCAUCGGUCAUUGUCACCCGCCGCCGGUCCACCCGGAUCCCUGGGACGGAGACCACAGCUCAGGCUGAAGACGUGAAUGCCAAGUUGGAGGGGGAGCCUUCUGUGCGGAAGCCAAAGCAGCGGCCGCGCCCUGAGCCCCUGAUCAUCCCCACCAAGGCGGGCACGUUCAUCGCGCCUCCCGUCUACUCCAACAUCACCCCGUACCAGAGCCACCUGCGCUCUCCUGUGCGCCUAGCUGACCACCCCUCCGAGCGGAGCUUCGAGCUGCCCCCCUACACCCCACCCCCCAUCCUUAGCCCCGUGCGCGAGGGCUCCGGCCUCUACUUCAACGCCAUCAUCUCCACCAGCAGCGUCCCAGCCCCUCCUCCCAUCACGCCAAAGAGUGCCCAUCGCACCCUGCUCCGGUCCAACAGCGCCGAAGUCACCCCGCCUGUCCUGUCUGUGAUGGGGGAGGCCACCCCCGUGAGCAUCGAGCCACGGAUCAACGUAGGCUCCCGAUUCCAAGCAGAAAUUCCCUUGAUGAGGGACCGCGCCCUGGCAGCUGCCGACCCCCACAAGGCUGACCUGGUGUGGCAGCCCUGGGAGGACCUGGAGAGCAGCCGGGAGAAGCAGAGGCAAGUGGAAGACCUGCUGACGGCUGCCUGCUCCAGCAUCUUCCCUGGUGCCGGCACCAAUCAGGAGCUGGCCCUGCACUAUCUGCACGAGUCCAGGGGAGACAUCCUGGAAACGCUGAAUAAGCUGCUGCUGAAGAAGCCCCUGCGGCCCCACAACCACCCGCUGGCAACGUAUCACUACACAGGCUCCGACCAGUGGAAGAUGGCAGAGCGAAAGCUGUUCAACAAGGGCAUUGCCAUCUACAAGAAGGAUUUCUUCCUGGUCCAGAAGCUGAUCCAGACCAAGACGGUGGCCCAGUGCGUGGAGUUCUACUACACCUACAAGAAACAAGUGAAAAUCGGCCGCAACGGGGCUCUCACCUUCGGGGAUGUGGAUACAAGCGACGAGAAGUCUGUGCAGGAGGAGGUGGAAGUGGAUCUUAAGACGUCCCAGAAGUUCCCGAGGGUGCCUCCUCCCAGAAGAGAGUCCCCAGGCGAAGAGAGGCUGGAGCCCAAGAGGGAGCUGAAGGAGCCCGGGAAGGAGGGGGAGGAAGAGGUGCCAGAGACCCAGGACAAGGGGGAGCAGGAGGAGGGGCGAGAGCGCAGCCGGCGGGCAGCGGCUGUCAAAGCCACACAGACACUACAGGCCAAUGAGUCGGCCAACGACAUCCUCAUCCUGCGGAGCCACGAGUCCAACGCCCCCGGCCCUGCCGGCGCUCAGGCCCCAGAGAAGCCAAGGGAGGGCGCCGGGAAGUCACGGAGGGCGCUGCCUUUUUCGGAGAAGAAGAAGAAAACAGAGGCGUUUAAUAAGACCCAGAAUCAGGAGAACACUUUCCCUUGUAAAAAAUGUGGCAGGGUGUUCUACAAGGUGAAGAGCCGCAGCGCGCACAUGAAGAGCCACGCGGAGCAGGAGAAGAAGGCGGCGGCGCUGAGGCAGAAGGAGAAGGAGGCCGCGGCGGCCGCCGCCGCUGCCGCCGCCGCCCCGCACCAGCCGGCGCUGCGCGAGGAGAGCGGCGCGGGCGAGAAGGGCUGAGCCGCCCCGGGCACUCGCGGGGCGGUGAGGAGAGAGCGCCGUGGACCUGCCUCUGCCAAACCAUAAGACAGUGAAAUAAACGGCUCUUUUAUUUAUAAAGGCCCAGGAGCAGUGUUAAGGGCUGCAGGAUCCAGUUCUCUCCGCAUCCGGCCUGUCGGGGCCGGCUCCCGCCGCUUCCCUCCCUCGCCUCGCGGAGCCGCCGGGGCCGCCAAGCACAAGUCCACCCCGCUGCAGCGUUGUUCCCCCCCCCCGGAGGCUGCCGGCGGCCGGCCCUGUUCUGUCCCCGCCGGGCCCAGGCCGGGGACUGUCCCCUGGCUGCUCGCUGGGCCGCUCUGUGCCUGAGCUGGGGAUAAACCUGCUCUUCCCGCCUCCCCCCUCCCCACCCCCCAAUUUGCCAAACACUGGGCCCGGGAGGCCGCCUCGGGAGCUUAGCCUCCAACAGGCCCCGGAGAGGCCCAGCCUGCUCCUCGGGGCCAGCUCCCUGCUCGCCUCUGUCCUGCCCCCAGCAGCUGCCGCCUGAUGCCCCCGCCCCAUGCCACCCCCAGCCCUGCACGCUGGCGAUCUCUGGAUCCUUCUCUGGGAGGGGGAGGUCUCCUAACUAGAUUGGACAGGAGCCUUCAUUCCUUGACUCGUGUCAUUUGGGAGCUAUUUAUUUAUUCUUUAAUAUUUAAUUUCUAACAUCCUCUCAGGGACCAGGGGCCUCCUGCUUUCAGAGGCCCACGUGCAUUUAGCCAAAAACGAGGCACCUUGGCAUCCCCAGCCCACCCCCACCCCACCCCCCAGUUCCCGGACCUUGUUGCUGGGGGAAGCUCUCGCCAGUAGGGUUGACAGUAGCACUGAGAGACAGCGGGAAGCUGGGUGUCAGGCACACGGGGACUAGCAGGGGCGGGGGAUCCCAGGCAGUUCUUACUGCUGCCUCCAGGGAGCUGGCAGGCGGCCAGGGUUCCGGUUGUGUUGAUCAGGCCAGGAUUCUGGCUUCCAUAUUCGGCAGGGAAUCGCUGAACUGAAGGGCCAGAGUGUUCUGGAAGCCCCUGUACUUGCCGGUCCCAUGGAAGAGCUGUUAUGUUUCAGAUGUUGUUACUCAACUUGAGUUGCACAAGAAAUUCUAAGUGAAUGCGUCUGCAACAGGUCAGCAUGUCAGGAAGGAGCCGAGACGUCUUCAUCCUGCUGCUCCCUAGGAGAUGAGCUGAAAGGCAUUUGUGGUAACUGGGAGCGGAAAGGGAGUUGUAUUUUUAAACUAUGCACUAUUAGGUAUUUUUCAGCGUUCAUUUAUGCAUUAAUGUGGUUCUGCAGGAUCCCAGCUAUGGGAGAGACCAAUUUCUUUUCCUCCCAGCUCCCCCAUCACCUUCAUAGGAGAAGCUCAAGGUCCCAAGACAGCGAACACAUGGUGUGCCCUACAGACACAGGAGGGUAGCAACUUUAGGCUCUCUUCUAAAUCCUUGUGUAAUAUGAGUGCCUUCACAGCUUAGCCCCAAAGUGCUACUUAGGUUUCCCGAGGUUUUUUCUAUUUAAACCCUAUUUGGUUUCAGGCCCCUUUAUGGACAUGCGGUAACAGAAGCCUCCUCCAGUCACCUGGGACCCUUUGCUCAGUGGUAGCAUUCAGGACUUGGAUAUCUUUUUAAAUAAGAAAGUGAUUCUACCCUACGCUCACAGAGACCAGACCAGGUGAACAUAGCGGGGGGAAGUGAAGAUGGGACCUGUCUGUGAAUCCCGACAGACACCGGAUUUGAGGGGGGCUGAUGCUCCAGGAUGCUUUGAUACCUCAGAUGCAGUGGGACAAGGAAGCUGUUUGGGGGCAGGUGCGACCUGCCAGUAGCAUAGGUGCAGCCAUAGAGGCUGGCAGAGGUAGAUCCUUAACGGUGCUUUCUUCUCCCUGUGAACACCCCGGGCUUGUCUUCUGUUGCUUUUUCCUCCCAUUCCGAGCUCUUUGCUUUAAGAAGUUAGACGAGAGACACCUCUAGCUUUAUAAUCUCCCCACACCGCCUCACCAUAUCCAUCUCCCAGUGUCCAUCUGCCAUCAGCCACCGGCGUGACACUGCCCUAGUGCCUGUGUUCUGGACCAUUUCUGAGGUCUCUCACCCAUCUGAGGAGACAGUGACAUCGUUGCUGUCCUCCGUGCCUUCGGCAGCACCCCUCACCGCUGAGGCACACACUCGCCCCUCUGCCACCGCACCUCCACCCAGGCACAGAGGUCUUGUGCUGCUCAUGUCCAAAGGAACUGCCCACACUUAACUGCCUCAGUGACCUGAUCUCUCGUGUGCCAGAUGCCUAGAUGAAGAAGGAACACAACACAUCCCGAAGCCUCGGCUGUUUAGCACCCUCUCCACGGGGGCCCGCUUUUCUGGACAGUAUUUAUUACUAGACUGGCAAGCCUAUCUCCUUUAGGUUUACAGGAAGUGUGCAUAUUUUUAUAAAACAAGUGUCCCCCCCCCCCCUUUUGCUGUGUUACUGUUUGCCUCUAACGAUUUGCAGCUGUUUCUGUUUCACCUUUUACUCAUUUGUCUCCAAGUUGAAGGCCUUGUUGGAGGGGACAGCCUUGACAGUCUGUAAUUAUUGUACAAAUAUUUUAGUAGCAUAUAAAGAAGUAUAUUCCUUUUAUUUUGAAACAGAUGAUCAGACACUGCCUUUUGUGUGUUUGCUGCCUGUGGCAACCUUUUUUAAAAAAGACUGUUACAUAUGAAAAUGGUGUACAUAUAUAUAAAUAUAUAAAUAUUACCUCUUUGGCUGUACAGUUGUGAUAGAGCAGAUGGAAGAUUUUAUUUUUUGUGUGCUUUUUAUAUAAAAAUUAAUACACUAAAGAGAAUCUUGCUGAUGUGAUUGUAAUGUACCUAUGUAACUUAUUUACUUUUGAAUGUUCUUCUGUAUCUUUAAACCUUUCAUUAAAUAAGGUUUUAAAAAUUCA